ACGUCAAAAGCUAGCCUGCAGCCAAAAAAAAAAUUAAAUCUUCAAAACCAUGUCGCGUAUUGGGGUUCAACUCCAGAUUCAAGAUACUCAUGUGGUGAUAGACAAUGGCAUACUCCAAUUGACAUUAUCGAACCCUGAAGGAAUUGUGACUGGCAUUCAGUAUAAUAACAUCGACAAUUUACUAGAAGUUCUAAAUGAAGAAUCUAAUAGAGGUGAUUUAAAGCAUUGUCCCUGUAUUUUCAAAUGUAAUACCAGGUACUGGGACCUUGUUUGGAACUCUCCAGGAAGUGCUGGAACUACUGGCACAUUUGACGUGAUUAAGGGAACAAGUUUUAAUGUUAUAGUGGAAAACGAUGAUCUAGUUGAGGUUUCUUUCACAAGAAUGUGGGAUACCUCCCAAGAGGGAAAGCUUGUUCCCUUAAAUAUAGACAAAAGGUUCAUUAUGCUGCGUGGUUGCUCAGGCUUUUAUUCUUAUGCCAUUUAUGAGCACUUGAAAGAUUGGCCUGGUUUUAACCUUGAUGAAACCAGAAUCGCAUUCAAGCUCAGAAAAGACAAAUUUCACUACAUGGCCAUGGCGGACAAUAGGCAAAGAUACAUGCCUUUGCCCGAUGACAGGUUGCCAGAAAGAGGUCAAGCCCUGGCUUAUCCAGAAGCGGUCCUCCUGGUUGACCCCGUUGAGCCUGAGAUGAAAGGAGAGGUGGAUGACAAGUACCAAUAUUCAUGUGAUAACAAAGACAGCCACGUCCAUGGCUGGAUAUGCACAGACCAACCAGCGGUAGGAUUCUGGAUGAUCACACCAAGCAAUGAGUUCCGUUCCGGUGGACCCGUCAAACAGAACUUAACCUCUCAUGUCGGCCCAACAACCCUUGCUGUGUUUCUCAGUGCUCAUUAUUCUGGAGAAGAUCUGGUGCCCAAAUUCAGUGCUGGUGAGAUGUGGAAGAAAGUCUUUGGCCCUGUUUUUAUCUAUCUUAACUCUGCAAUUGAAGGAGAUGACCCGCUUUCGCUUUGGGAAGAUGCUAAAGAACAGAUGAUUGCCGAAGUCCAGAGCUGGCCUUACACUUUCCCAGCUUCAGAGGAUUUUCCCAAAUCGGAACAAAGGGGUAAUGUCAGCGGUAGGCUUCUAGUCAACGACAGGUAUGUUAGUGAUGACAACAUACCAGCCAAUGGAGCUUACAUAGGAUUGGCUCCACCAGGAAACGCUGGGUCGUGGCAAAGAGAAUGCAAGGACUACCAAUUUUGGUCCAAGACAGACGAAAAUGGUUAUUUUUCUAUCAAUGACAUUCGAACCGGUGAUUAUAACCUUUACGCAUGGGUUCCUGGUUUUAUUGGAGACUAUAGAUCCGAUGGUGCCAUUACUAUAACUCCAGGUAGUGAUAUUGAGGUCGGUGAUCUCAUUUAUGAACCUCCACGAAAUGGACCAACACUGUGGGAAAUAGGUAUUCCUGAUCGUUCUGCUACAGAAUUUUAUGUCCCGGAUCCUAAUCCAAAGUACAUCAACAAACUUUAUGUCAACCAUCCUGAUAGGUUUAGACAGUAUGGACUAUGGGAAAGAUAUGCGGAAAUGUAUCCUGAUGGAGAUGUAGCUUAUACAGUUGGCAAUAGUGACUAUAAAAAUGACUGGUUUUUUGCUCAUCUAACCAGGAAGAUCGAUGAUAACAAGUAUCAAGGAACCACAUGGCAAAUUAAAUUCAAACUUGACAAUGUAGACCACAGUAAUUCAUAUCAAUUAAGAGUGGCGAUUGCAUCUGCAAAUUUAUCCGAGUUGCAGGUCCAUGUUAAUGAUCCAAAGGCAAAUCCUUUAUUUUCAAGUGGACCAUUUGGGCAGGACAACUCAAUUGCAAGGCAUGGAAUUCAUGGACUCUACUGGCUGUACAAUGUAGAUAUACCAGGAAAACUGCUUGUUCAAGGGGACAACACUAUUUUUCUGACGCAACCUCAAAGCAGUGGUCCUUUUCCAGGGAUUAUGUAUGAUUACAUAAGAUUAGAAGGCCCCCAACUCCAAGUUCCAAGGAAGAGUAUCUAGAGUAUAUUGUCAUAGGAGAAGGAUUGGAUCAUGUUCAUAUCUUUGAAUGUUUGUUAUUUAGUC